AUGUCCUCGUGGGUUUCGGCCGACCAGGAUUCAGGAUUCACCUUGAACAACCUCCCAUACGGCGUCUACAGCGUCGGGAACUCGCCUCGUCAUGUUGGGGUUGCGGUAGGCCAGCAUGUCUUGGAUCUACAUGUUCUCGCACGGGAGCAUGUCCUGGAUGGGCUGGGAUUCGAUGCCACGACGCUGCUUGAGCCUACACUGAACAAGUUCGCCAGCCUGGGGAAGCAUGCGCAUCGAGCUCUUCGCAGCUUCUUACAAGAACUCCUGAAACCGGAAACAUCUCUGAAUCUCACCUUGAAGGACAACCAGCCGCUCAAAGGGCUGGCGUUGGUUGAGCAAAAGGAUGUGGUUCUGCAUCUCCCGAUGGACAUUGGCGACUAUACCGACUUUUUCGUGGGGCCACACCACGCUUGUGCGAAACUUCUCAAGUCGACGGGGGACAAGUUUGCGCCCAACUUUAUGAACAUGCCCCUGGGUUACCACGGUCGCGCCUCUUCGGUCGUCGUGUCAGGAACUCCCGUCUACCGCCCGAAUGGACAAGUGUCUCUCGAAGGCGCGCAGACGCUGAGCAAAUGCCAGCAACUGGACUUUGAAGUCGAAUUCGCCGCCUUUAUCGGACGCGGGAACCAGCACGGAACGUCCAUCGGGGUCAACGAGGCUGAGGACCACAUCUUUGGCGUCGUGCUCAUGAACGACUGGUCGGCCAGAGACAUCCAGUUUGCCGAGUCGACCCCGUUGGGGCCUUUUAACGGCAAGAACUUUUGCACCACCAUCUCGCCGUGGAUCGUGCCUCUGGAAGCCCUGGAGCCAUUCCGGACCGCUCCAAUGCACCCGGUGGGCAGAGAGUCACAUCUUGAUAAUGGGUAUGCUGACCAUCACCAGGGCCCCUGGCUACCAUAUCUCACUCAAGACCGGGAGGACACAGUCUAUGACAUCCCAGUGGAUGCUCGAAUUCAAGUCAACUCAGAGACAUACCACGCCGUUCGAUGCAACACCAAAAACGUGGCCUUUUCGUUUGCUCAGAUGGUUGCACACCACACGGUGGGGGGCUGCCCGAUGCGCCCGGGCGACCUCUUGGGCACCGGCACUCUGUCGGGCGCCACGAGAGAAGAAGUCGGCUGCCUCCUGGAAGUGAGCCAACACGGGACUCAGCCCUACGAGAUGGGUGCAAUCGGGUCGACGGGGGGCAAGAUGCAACGGUGCUAUCUCGAAGAUGGAGACCGUGUCUCCUUUAGCGCGCAGGCGACCAGACCGGGCAGUGACCCUGUCAACCUGGGCACUUGCCAGGGUCAGGUUGUCGCGUCUCCUUAG